AUGGCAUCCUACCUGGUUACCGGCUCAUCGCGUGGCCUCGGCCUGGCCCUUGUUUCCCGCCUAGCCUCCCUGCCCGCCGCGCAGGUAGGCAAGAUUAUCGCGACCGCGCGCCAGGACAACUCGCCCCAACUCAAAGAAAUUGUGAAUGCCUCGUCUGGCCGAGUCGAGCUCGUCAAAAUGGAUGUCACAAAUAAGUCCAGCAUCCAAGAAGCGGUUAAGUUGGUCGAGGAAAAGUUGCAGGGCAAGGGACUUGACUACCUCAUCAACAAUGCCGGGCUGAUGGAUUGGGUUCCUAACGGACUAGAGGGGAUGGACAAUUUGAACGAUAUCUUCCACACAAAUGUCACAUCUGUGCAUAACGUCACACAAGCCUUCCUGCCUCUACUCCGUAAGGGCGAGAAAAAAGUAGUCGCCAAUAUAUCGACCACGUUGGGCUCCUUCGCAAAAGCCGAGGUCUACAGACAAUCCCCCACGCCCGCCUACAAGAUAUCCAAAGCCGCAUUGAACAUGUUGACAGUCCAGUAUGCCCAGCAAUACGAGGCUGAAGGAUUCACAUUUUUGGCUGUCACACCUGGAUGGUUGCGUACCGACCUGGGCAGCUCUCGUGCAGAUCUUCCUGUUGAGACGGGAGCUGAGAAGGUUGUUGAUAUUGUGCGACAAACUGGACCCCACCAGAAUGGGAAGUUUGUGAAUAUUCAUGUCUCGGGAUGGGAGAAUGGGCCGGGAAUCAAUCAGUAUGAUGGUAAAGAGGUAGACUGGUAG